GGGGAGGGGUUUGGUUUUGUUUCUUUUUUUCCUUUCUGAGCUUCUCAUUGAUAAGAACCCCGAAGAAACAUAGCGAUAGGAUCUUGGGCGGGACAUCGUGUCCCUGAAUUGGUAAAUGCGUGUCUUAUAUUGUGGUUGAGUAUUAAGCAUAUAAUCCGCUGUUUUGUGGAGUGACGGCUUAGUUGUACGUCACCAGAAGGAUAUUUUCUACUUCGUGGAUUUACAAGGCAUGUGACAGACCGUGGCACGAGGGACUGUCGCGUGUGAUGCGAAAAUUCAACAUCGGAGGGUCUCGAGGUGUUAGACAAGAGCUCAGUGACCGCAGCGCCGCUGGAGAACCAAAUGGGAGUUUUCUUUCACACGUCCACCAAGGAUGCCCCUCAUCUCCGGUACUAGCACCUUAGAGAACAUCACAUUUCCCUUUCCAUCGAUGAGACAUAUCCAACCUCCGCUUUGUAGACGACAUCGAUCUGAAGGCAGCCACCAAAAAACGACCAUAAGACCUCGUCAAGAGACUGACUACUCGGAGACACGGGGAAUGGAGACAGCACUGACAAGAAUGUCAUCAACGGCAACGAUCUACGUUAACGGAGUACAUCUCGCGAAGGCGAAGACUUGUAAGUUAUUGGGAACCACCCUUUGCAAGAUACUCUCGAGACUUAUAUUUUGCUUCCAGUCCAUACCUAUGGGCUCAGGGCUUCCACACCGACAUGGGCUUUGGAGAGGAGAGGUUGCGGGGGGGCAUGGGUUGGAAGUCCGCUCUUCUGUUCUGGAAAAGUUCAUCGGCAGGUGCUCACCCAUACAUCACCUUAACUCUUCUGUAAAUCAGGCGGAUUUGUUGGGCUCUCAAUCGCAAAAUAAAAGACUAAAUCUCCAAAAACUUGUGCAUUUUGGAGGGAGGGGGAGUCGACAUAUCAUUUCUGACAAACUAAACUACACAUAUACGUACACUCACACCCUGCACCUCUUUUAAUACCUGCCUGGUCCGAUCCACUCAUCCGACGACCUUUUCCCAAUUUUCAGUCGAUUUGUGGCAAGCGAACAUACGCAACCCCUAACUCCUGUCGUGACCUACUGGAUCUACCUGUUCGAAUCCACCUGUACAAAAAAACAAAAAACGACGGUAAGCAGCUGCAGGUGUAAAAGAAAAUGAAGACGGAUCACUGCGACACAACUCGUGCACCCGCCACAGCCUUGCGAAGGUUAGCUCCCUGCAGCAGCUGCAACGUGUGCGACUUUUUGUUUUCUGUGGGGCGCCGUCGUGAUGUGUCAUGUGAGUAGCUGGGGCCCACGGACGUGCGGUUGUAUCGCAUUCAAUAACCUCCCUUGUCAGCGCACCCACGGUAGGUCAAAGGUUACUGGAGUGAACUAUAGAGAGUAAACAAACAGUUUGCCAUAGGUUAGUCUUCCCACGUUAUUCCUGCUCGCAAAGCCAGCUGAAGCGCCGCUCUCCCCCUGUGGGUGACCCUGUGAUGACGUCAGUUAGGGUCGCCACCGUCGUGUCAUCUGCUACCGUCGGCUCUUGAGGCGAAAGACAGGUGAGAUCGCGUGCGCGCGGGAUGUGAACACUUUGAUUAAGCGCCUCGUUCCUAGUCCGUGGUCACCCACUGUAACAGCCACGAGUUGAUGCUAGUGAGUGCGCACCCGCCUGGUGCACGUGAUCGAAGCUGGAGUCUGGACAUUAUUGACUGCAGGUGCACCGAACACCAGCAUGGCCACGAUGAGCGCCGCAGACCCAGAGGCCCAGGACAAGGUGGAGGCUGCCUUCAAGCAGUUCUUCACGGCUGAUUCAUGCGAGUCCAUCUGUCAGUCCUUCAAACAGCUCCUGCAGGCCACAGGUAUACAAGGACAAGCCGGCGACCAACGUGUCCUGUACACCAGUCUCAGGAACAAGCUGCAGGGCUACUACAAGGCCCAGGAACUGCUGAAGCUGCUGGACAAGAAGGUUGCACACCCAGUGUACAAGCAAGGCAAAGCCUGCACAAGCACGAAGGUUCUGAUCGUCGGGGCAGGUCCGUGCGGGCUGAGGGUGGCCAUAGAGUGCGCGCUGCUGGGGGCGCCGACGGUGGUGGUAGAGAAGCGGGGGACGUUUUCCCGCAACAACGUGCUGCACCUGUGGCCCUACCUCAUCACCGACCUCCGGAGCCUGGGCGCCAAACUUUUCUUCCCCCGCUUCUGCGCAGGCAGCCUCGAUCACAUCAGCAUCCGGAGGUUGCAGUGCGUUUUGCUGAAGGUUGUGCUGCUGCUUGGCGUGGAUGUUCACUUUGACGUCGCCUUCGAUGGCUUGAAGGAGCCCUCCAAGGAGAAAACCGACGGGUGGAAAAUCCACUGCACACCCAGCACACAUCCCUUGGCACAGUUCCAGUUUGACGUCAUCAUAGGGGCCAGCGGAAAACAGGGCGCCCUCCAAGAAUUCAAACGGAAGGAACUAAGGGGCAAGCUGGCCAUUGCCAUUACGGCCAACUUCGUCAACAACAACACGAAAGAAGAUGCCCAGGUGGAGGAAAUCUCAGGGGUGGCUGCCAUUUACAACCAGGAGCUUUUCGCCAAGUUGAAGGAAAAGACUGGCAUCGACCUGGAGAACAUUGUAUAUUACAAAGAUGACACGCACUACUUCGUUAUGACUGCCAAGAAGCAGAGUCUGCUACAGAAAGGUGUGCUGAAACAGAAUCAUACAGAUGUGGUGGCACUGCUCAAGUCAGAUAAUGUUAACCAAGACGCUCUCAUGGACUAUGCCAAAGAUGCAGCAAAAUUCACCACUGAGUAUAAGCUACAGUUUCAGGAGUUUGCCAAAGAUCACCGUGGAAAGCCUGACAUUGCUGUCUUUGACUUCACAUCUAUGUUUGCUGCUGAAAAUGCAUGUUGUGUAAAAGAGAGAAACGGCCAUCGACUGUUGAUGGGUCUGGUGGGAGACAGUCUCCUGGAGCCUUUCUGGCCUAUGGGAACAGGGUGUGCAAGAGGGUUUCUUGGUGUAUUUGAUGCUGCCUGGAUGAUUCUCAACUGGUCCAAAGGGGAGAUGACUCCACUCAAAAUUAUUGCAGAAAGGGAGAGUAUUUACAGCAUUCUGUCACAGACAACUCCAGAACGUGUGAUCAAAGAUUAUGAAAAAUACAGCAUCGACCCCAAAACUAGAUAUCCAAACCUGAACAAGUGCUGUUUGAAAAAAAGGCAAGUGGCCCAUCUCUAUGAUGGUAUCAUAGAUCCCAAGGAAUUUGAAGAUGAAGCAGAGGUACAACAGCCAAACAACACUCGGACGACCGGUGCAUCUAGCACUGACAGACAUAACCUCUUGAUAUGGUGCCAGCAGGUUCUAAACAAUGGAAAUUAUUCUGGUGUCAACAUCACAAACUUCACUACAUCUUGGCACUCGGGUCUUGGCUUCUGUGCACUUAUACAUGCCUUCCAUCCUAGACUCAUAAAGAACAUGCAGUCCUUACCUGGACGAUCGGUUGCUGAAGUUAACCAGUUGGCUUUUGAUGUGGCCAGACGAGAGCUGGGAGUGACGCCUCUAAUGACUGGGAAAGAGAUGGCUUCCUGCAAGGAACCUGAUGAGUUGACUGUACGAGCCUACCUGUCACAGUUCUAUGAGUUGUUUAAGGAUAAACCUUUGACAUCUGCAAAUCUAAAAAACAAACAGACCAAGAUAUCACUGGACAGACCUGUGCGCUUAAUUCCUGAAAAGCUAGACAGUCUUCCUAGAAAUGUAAAGAACAGGACCUUGGAUAGAAAAAAAGAUCAACUACAAAUUGACAAGAAACAAAAGGAGGCCAGUACUUCAGGGCCCCUGAGAAAUACUGCAAAGUCAUCAGCAAAACAAGCAGAGGAUGCAUCGGAAGAACCAUUAUUAUCUUCAGAAGAAACUGGACAGGAAACUAAAAAAAGAAGCUUCUUCAGUAGGCGCAGAAAGAAGAAGCAAGCUAAAAAGAAAAAGGUUAAAGACAAGACAAAGCAGCAGAAAAGGAGCAGGAGGAGCAAGCUGAAAACACUGGGGACAAGCAAAUAGGACAGAGUGAUAGAACCACUUCAGAUGUCAAAGCAAAAAUAGAAAUGUUUGGAGGAAGGAAAACCAGCAAUAAUCAACAAGCAAAUCUUCAGCAAGAAAGUGACAUGGAACCUUCUCUCUUCUGUGGAUUAUUUUCAUGCCAUAAAAAGUCUAGAAAGG